GGUGCCAGUUGUCUGCCUCGGUUGGGUCCGGCCUGCUAUGUUUAGGAUACACAUGUGGUUUGAUCUGGCAACAGUGCACUUGAAGGCGAUUGCAGGGCCAAGAAGCUACUCAUGAAACGAUAAGGUCCCCUGGAAUAGAGCCCGAGUGAGUAAAGAGACCGGAAAAGCGAUGAAAGGGCGAAAAUGCUAAUUCCAAAGUGACAGAGGGAAAUCUGGCGUGAGAGAGACGAUGGAGUCAGAGGUAGCGGUGGGUGUGGAACCUCGUAGAGUUACCUGGUGCUGAAAUUGUUCGGUUUUUUUCCUCCUGAAAAUCACCUCCAAGUGCCGCCUGUGUUCGUUUCCAAAAGCAGGAGGAUAUAUUAUCGUUUCCAUCUGACGAUCCAGCGCGUUCUCAUUGGCCGCCUGUGUUCCAGUGGCGUCAUUUUUUUCCCUGGGAAAAUGAGUAACAUGGCACCUUCUCGACAUGUGUUUAUCCUCUGACGUCACAGCCUGAGGUCCAGGAAGGGCGCCAUUUUCAAAAAAAGAAGAAAAAAUUUGUAGAUAUUAUUAUUAUUUUUUUUCGUAUCACCCAAAGCACUUCAACCAUCAGGCGCCGUAAGAAUAACACGCGCAGCAAGGAUGUAUCAUCAAGGCCCAGCAGUAGUAGUCGUGCCCAACACGAACUCGGAACGAGGAGUAAAAUCGGGGAGCCUGAACAGACGGAAAAGAUGCGCCUUUCUUCUAGGAAUUCUCGGGGUUCUCUUCAUCGUCUUGGGGAUCGUCUUCAUCUCACUCACGCAAGUCAGGAAGACCGAGUACCCCACGCAAAAUCCACUUCUGAAUAUGGGCAUUGUUCAGCUUCUUCUGGGAAUAUUGUUCAUGUCCGGGUGCAUAGCGCUUUGUUGCAGCAUCCACCGAAGGUACAAGAGACGACUGAACCAGCAGAGGCUCAGGACGAUGCUUAUGAACGAACCCCCUCCCAUCUCCCGCAACCAGGACAUCUUCUCAGACGAUGAAGAGGGCGGCUUCGGCGACGACGCCACCAUGAACAAACGAGCGGAGAUACCCUCGCCCUUCACAACCCCUCCGCCCCCGAGGAGUCACCUGGUUCCGUACCCUCCUCCCCCUCCCCCAGCUGCAUUAGAUCCCAUAGGGUCGUACCCCCCGCCCCCCUCAGGAAAAGUGUCCCCCUACCGCCUGUCUCCGGGAGGUGGGUUGACCUCCUACCCGCCUUCUCCUUCCGAAAGGAUCUCUCCUUAUAGGAACCCACCGACGCAGUUAGGAUCCUUCCCACCUUCGCCAUCAGGCGGGGUGCCCUCUUACCAGACAUCCCCGAUCAGGCCCCUAGGAGGAUACCUCACUUGUGAUAGGCUGACUUCCUACCGACGGGCAUCUUCACCCAGGGGCCACAUGGAAUCUUGUCCUCCGUCACCCACAGGGCGCUCUGCCGGUUUCAACAUGCCCCCGGGGCACAUGGGGACCUUCCCGAGGGCAGCAAAGUUGGCAGCUUCGUCCCCCGGGAGGAACUCCCCUUACCAGCUGUCCCCUGGGGAGCGCAAGAGGUCCUACACUCCAUCCGGGAGCACCGAAUUCCUGAAUCGUCCUUAUUGCGGCAGAUUCCCGGAGGCGCCCUCCCUCCAGAUCAGAUCAGGUUACGCCAGCAUAGAGAGGCUUUCCAGAAGGCCUCGGAACACGCAGGAACGACACAGACCCCCUCCAUACGCCCCUUCCUAUGACAACCCUCCCCCUUACUCCCCAUGACCCGAUGAGAACGAAAAGCUCAGCUUCUAAGGCUCCCUAGAAGGACGGACCACGAGGAGGAGGAGGAGGAGGAGGAGAAAGGGGGAGCUUUCAGGGGGUCUUAGAAGACUGAGCCUUUCGUUCUGUAUCUCUGACGCAAUAGGAAAAUACCUCUUUAAAACAGUCACUUCUUGUUUAGGAAAGAAAUAUGUAAUUUUGUAAACUUUCAGUCGAUGGGACGUGUCAUUUUUUGAAUCAUGUCUACUCACAUGUGAGGGAAGCAAUUCAUAGGAUAAUCUGUAGUGAAAAAAUACAUACUGUAAUCUAAUUGAAACGUUGUCCAUAAUGAGAAGAGUAAAUGGGUUUAUACGUGGCGCAGAUGCCUAUACUGAAUCUAUGACAUAAAUUUUUACACGAGGAAUUGUUGCUAGAUAGUUUUUUUUUUAGGUCUAUACGUCUACAGCGCUGUCAUUCUAAGCAUUGCAGACGGUGCACUCCCCUGGAUGUGGCUCGGUUUGCCUCCAUGUUUCCAGAUAGAAGAUAUUAGCAUUGUUGUCAUUCAUUUCCCUCUCUUGACACUUCGGGCGACGCCACAAUGUCCGGCGGACGCGCGUCUUCUCGCCUCAGAGUCGCGGCGCUGUAGCGUUCGGACAGAUAAUCAAAAUAGGUUUCCAUUUACAAGUGUUGUCACAUGAGUUAGACUUUUACAACGUUAUCAUCGUUAUCAAUUUAAAAAAAAAUAAUAAAAAGACGUUAUCAUAUUUUCUUCCACUUCUCGCUGACUUUUUCUACUGAUCACCACAAUCAUCAUCGUCGCCACCACAAUCAUCCACCAUAUAAUCAUCAACGUCAUCGAUAUUAAUAGUGUCAUUUUCAUCGUUGCUACCGACAUAGCCACCAUCAUUGACGCCCUCCUAACAUUAUUCCUCAUUAUACAUUUUUUUCUUUUAGAUUUAAACUUCUCCUUUCCUUCACCCUCCUCGUCAUUGUCAUCAUUAUCCUGGUUUGUUUCCGUCAUCAUUAUCAUACUACAAUAAUAAUGUCUUCGUCACACAUCAUCUUUAGCGAUUUAAGCAAGGAUUGUGUUUCAGAGCAAUUGCGCUAAAAGCUCAGUUAUAGCGCCAUGGGAAUGUCCUUAGAGGAAGCCAUCCAUAUGAACGAGAGAGAGAGAGAGAGAGAGAGAGAGAGAGAGAGAGAGAGAGUCUACCUCCGGCAACUGCUCAGGUAGCCUCUAUACUCUCCAGCGUUGAUCAACGGAUUAAACACCUCAAGACGAGCUUAUGGAUACGAUUGUUUAUUUAUCUUUUUUUUCAGUGAACCCGUUGAUUUUGGACAUUCUGGAGGAAAAACGCAACGACUAUUGGCCAUUAAUGAAGGUUCGCGAUGAGGACUGCUUGGAAAACAUACAAGGACAAGAAAGUGAAGUAUUUUCUUUGGUUUCAGUUUUUUUUUAGGUAUAUUCACGGGAAGCAAUUCACAGAACCGAAGUGCUUGCAAGGUACAAGAAAUUCAGGACCGAAGUGCUUGCAAGGUGCCAAAAAUCCACAAGAUUCCAGACGUCUUCACAAAAUAAUGAUAAGGAUUUUUGUUAUAUAGUUUGUUUUCUGCCUAUGGGAAGUAAUUCAAAAAACCUAAGAGCUUGCAAGGUACCAAAAAUUCAGGACCGAGGUGCUUGCAAGGUGCCAAAAUUCACAGGAUUCCAGAUUUCGCCACAAACGAGGAUAAGGAUUUUUGCUAUAUAGUUUAUUUUCUGGCUAUGGGAAGAAAUUGAAAGGAACGAAGUGCUUGCAAGGUGCCAAAAAUUCAGGACCGAAGUGCUUGCAAGGUGCCAAAAUUCACAAGAAGUAGCUUUAGCGCUUUAGCAGCUGAAACACGAUUCACAAUCCUAAGACUGAUCAAUGCUUGACCUGAAAAACAAGAAUCAUUAGAAAGGUGUUCAAGUGAAAUCUCAUUAGCAUUUGAUUCAAAGUUUGAUAAGUAACUUUUGCUACAAUGUCCCAGGAUGGAAGUGAAAUUGGGAUGCAAUAAUGUCACAAAGUGCGCGAAGCAUUCUAAUUGCAAACAUCCGAGACAUUGUCAUUUUUAUUUUUUUUGUGGUUUUACUUUUCAGGUUAGUGGUCUUUAAUUUCCAUUUGUUUAAACAGGAAGUUUCUUUGAUGGCUUUUAGGAAAAAGGCUUCGAUGUUAGAAUAAGGUUUAGAACAAGACAAUCAAAAAGCUGAAAUUCAUAAAAAGUUUCUUCAGUUCCGGUCGAGUAGCAUAUUUUAGGCAACUCACGCAAACACGCCAGCACAUACGCACACAAACAUACAAACAAACAUAUACGCAAACCCACAAACAC